AUGAAUGGCCGACGCUCUGGAGAGAGUCCACAAAAUGCCAUAGAUGUGGACGAAAAUGACCUAGUAUCAGAGGUUGAUCGCGAGGUCGUUGAGAUUGCAUGGCGGGUCAAGAAUUACCAGCCUGAAAAGAACCGGUCUUCAGCUUCACAGUCAAGCGGCGGCGUGGACGAGGAGAAAGACGAGAACCUUGCGAGCGAGGCCCUGGAAGGCCUAAUCGACUUGACGAUCGAUGACGAGCCAACUGUCGUUCGUCGGUCCCGAAAGCGUCGUCCUAAGCCGCAGCGAGAGGUUCCUCAGCGCGAACACACGAAAGUCUGUCAUGAUGGCCGCCCGAUCAAAGUCGGCAAGUUUUAUGACGUGGACCCUGAGCAGGCACCUUCAACAGCUAUUGCAGUCCACUUCAUCAAAGUCACCACUAUCCUCGAGAACUUGGAAACCGGUGAACUCAAGAUUUGCGGGAUGCCUUUUUGCCGAUCUCGAACACUCAUGGCUAAGCUCCCUCGGAAACUGAACGAGAUCUUCUGUCUCCAUGAAAUUGAUGCAGAUGAUGACCGACCGGCGGAAGUUCAAGCGAGAAUUGAGGUUUCAGCUACAGCCCUUGGACACGCAUCACGAUCACUGCAUGUCACUAACGCCCCUUACCCUCAGCACCGGUAUACGGCGCACGCUUUCUGCAGUCAUGAGGCUGUUGAGAAGGAAGGACCCCUCGUGUGUCGCUGGAACUUCUUUAUCCACUACCGAGACUGGAAGAUGAAGGCUAAGGGAAAAGCUCACCACUGGACACUUGAACGUGUCCGCGCUAGUGAAGUCAAGAGGGAAGAGCACAAGGUCGAAGAAGACGAUCUGAGACAGGACUGGAGGGGCCUUACCAUCCAGGGAGGAUCGCACCUUCCAGAGACAGGUGACGGCAAGCAGCGCUACACAGUCUUCGACUCCUUCUGCGGCGCAGGUGGUUUCUCUCGUGGAGCCGAGAGGGCUGGAUUACACGUUCAGUUCGCAGUCGACCACUGGGAAAAGGCUUGCGACAGCUACAGACUAAACUUCCCAGAGACAACGCUUUUUCAAACAUCCGUUGAUGAGUUUAUACUAAGCCACGCGGACGUACCUAUGCGAACCGACAUCCUCCACCUUUCACCACCCUGCCAGACAUGGUCGCCGGCACACACUAUCCCGGGAGUGAACGACGAAGCCAAUAUUGCAGCUCUGUUUGCUUGCAGAAGUCUAGUGGAGAGGCUAAGACCUCGAGUAUUCACGCUGGAACAGACCUUUGGAAUCUUACAGAACUGUCACGACCCUUUCUUCUGCUCGCUAGUCGGCGGCUUCACCGAUUUCGGAUACUCGGUAACCUGGAAGAUCGUGCACUUACAGACCUGGGGACUACCUCAAACUAGAAAGAGGUUGAUAAUGAUUGGCGCUUGCCCGGGUGAAAAGCUGCCUCCAUUCCCGACAGCAACGCAUUCCGAGACAGGACUUGGCGGCCUAUCGAAGUACGUCACGAUCAGGCAGGCCCUCCGGAAGAUCACCGACGAUUCGACGUUUCACAACCCAGAAGAAGAAAUCACUCACAGCCCGCCUCCUUCCGGAUCAGUGGUCAGUGACCCUGAUCAAAUCUUGAAAAGAUGUGUCACCUGUUCCGGCGGUCAGAAUCGGCACUACAGCAAUACACGCGCGUACACCGUCAGAGAGUUCGCCAGUCUUCAGGGUUUCCCGGUCUGGCACAAGUUUUCGCCUGCUUCUAAAGCCGUCCUGAAGAAACAGAUCGGAAACGCAUUCCCAGCGUGUGUCGUCAAGCUCCUUUGCGAGCACUUGAAAGACUGGCUGCUAGAAGUCGACGGUCUUACGGCCUCACGACCUGGCAGAGCUAGUGUAGGAGGGAGGGAGUUGAUCUUUGUGUCGGAGGGACCUCGCCAACCGUCACCCUUGGAACUCGUUCAACCCCUUCUUCUACCAAUGGAUGUCGGCGUUGGCGGUGGUUCUCUCGAUCAGGCAAUCAUGCUUGACGAAGAUGAACAGUGUGAGAUCAAGUUCGACAUUGACUCCGACAUCGAAAUGGAAGAUGUGCCUGUGCCCGACGUUCCCGACUCGCCUCGCUCGGCUACGCUAUCUCUUCCGGGUACGCCUGAGCCUGCCCAGGCGGGUUGCGUAAGAGAUUUACCGAUUUUCAUCGACUGA